AAGUGUUUGAGAGCUAGCUUCUGGCCUGUGUGCCUCUCUGAGCUGUUAGCCUGCUGUCCGUCACCAUCACCAGCAUCAGUUGUAAUUUGACCAAAUAAUUUUAACCUUAAGGAGCAGCUCUGUAUUAAACAUGGCCUACAAACUAGUGCUGAUUCGUCAUGGAGAAAGCAACUGGAACCAGGAGAAUCGUUUCUGCGGCUGGUUCGACGCUGACUUGAGUGAAACAGGAGAGAAGGAGGCAAAGAGAGGAGGACAGGCUCUGAAAGAUGCUGGUUUUGAGUUCGACUUGUGUUACACCUCAGUGUUGAAGCGGGCCAUCAGGACCUUGUGGUUCGUCUUGGACAGCAUUGAUCAGAUGUGGGUUCCAGUCCAUCGGACCUGGCGGCUCAAUGAACGCCACUAUGGAGGCCUGACGGGACUGAACAAAGCCGAGACGGCUGCUAAACACGGAGAGGCCCAAGUGAAGAUCUGGAGGCGCUCAUUUGAUAUCCCUCCUCCUCCCAUGGGCCCAGACCAUGACUACUACACUAUCAUCAGCAAGGAUCGUCGCUAUGCAGAUCUGACAGAGGAGCAGCUGCCAUCGUGCGAGAGCCUUAAGGACACCAUUGCACGUGCGCUGCCUUUCUGGAAUGAGGAGAUUGCCCCUCAGAUCAAACAGGGGAAAAGGGUGCUCAUUGCUGCCCAUGGAAACAGUUUGAGGGGCAUUGUGAAGCACCUGGAAGGAAUGUCAGAUGAAGCCAUCAUGGAACUGAACCUGCCAACUGGAAUCCCCAUCCUCUACGAGCUCGACAAGAACCUGAAACCAGUGAAGCCUAUGCAGUUCCUGGGAGACGAGGAGACUGUACGCAAAGCCAUGGAGGCUGUCGCUGCUCAGGGAAAAGCCAAAAAGUAACAAGAAAGGGGGAAAAAUGGAUCAAUUUAAAAAUCAGAGUAGCCUAUUUAGUAUGUGAUGGUAUAAGUCAUUCCUGGAAGCUGACCUCGCAUUAGUGUGUUUCUCAAAUGCUAAUUUAUUUUUAAACAUGAACUAAAUGCUAUAGAUUGUUGUCCUUGCUUGGUACAGGCAGAGUCAUAGAAACAGAUGGAUGUUGUUCAGUGAAAUAGUAGCCACAGCUCCAAUUAUUAGUAGAUUUCAUUGACUUAAGAAGACGGACAUUUAUCCUUAAGCUAUAAACUAACGUUAACCACGAUAAAAAAGGUCAAACUCAACACCCAAUAUUUGAUUCUCCAUACGUUUUCAAUAAUGUGGGGAUAAAAAAAAAGACAAUUCUAUUUAAAUUAGUAGGCAAAUAAAUGCAAAAUAAUAACCCAAAUAGAAUUAAUGCAAUUUAACAAUAGGUGAAAUGCGACAACAGCCCUACAAAAUUUGUGUUGUUUUGGUCUGCAAUGCAGUUUUCAACAACCAAGAUGUUUCCUCCUCAUUUUGUUUUAAGUCUCUGCUUUAAUGUCAGCCGAUUGGUCUAUCGUGUCCAUUGCCUGUUUGCUACAUGGGAAAGAGUGGUGAUGCAUUGCAUUAUGAAACCUUUAAAUUUGUGCAUUUCUUUGCUCAGUUUUGAAGUGUUCAAUAUAAAAUAAUGGUAAUACUUCAUUUUGCAAUCUCUUGAGAGUCAGGCAGAAAAUUUAAAACGUCCGUUUUUUCUUUUUACCGCAUGUCUUCAAGCUGUGUGUCGUUUUCAGCUUUGUCGUCCGUGUUUGUGUUUGGAUUUUUUUUGUCUGAUACCUCUUUGCAAGUUUUGCACUGUCUAGAAAAAUAACUUUAUUUUGGGAAGGGUCCUCCAUGUUACAGUGUUCAAAAUGGACAAAGAGUCUCAAACUAUAUUGUUUUUUUUGCGUAUAUUCAUGAUAUUUAGUCUGUUAAUGGUUCUGUGUGCCUUCCACCCUGUCCUUCAAAUUCAAUUCCUUCUGUGUUCCUGAAAUGUAAUGAAAGCUCUGAACUAAUAAAAAGGAAGUGUGGGAAAAUUUUGCCCCAUGUUGGCUUA